AGUAAUAUGUAUCCACUGUAUUGUGUGUUUGCUUAUGAAUUUGUUCUAGAAAGUGGUUGGUUUGUUUUAAUUUUAAAUCAAGACAAAUGAUUCUUUAUCAUCUCAUACAUUUACCUCAAUCUUGUGUCUCAGGUGUGAUUAUUCCAGCUUAAACUUGAUUAUAUAUGGCUCCCCUAAUUCCAUGCACCACCACAAACAGCAUUUCACCUACUUCAGGUGUUGCCUUUACAAUAAACCGAAGGAGCAACUGCUACUUAUCCAGAUUCAACAUCACUAUAAAGCUUAACCGACAAACGUUACAAGCCCAAAAAUAUACACUACCUCUGUCGAAAUCUGUUGGAUUACAAACGUUUUCGCAAAUUCGGAUUGGUUCUGUUUUUUACGUACAUUCAGUGGGUGCUGCUACAGAUGCUGAAGGGACGAGUGGAGGAUCAUUUAAACGCUCAAGAUAUGUUAGAAAGAGUGAGAUGCCACCUGUGAAUAACGAAGAUCUUAUCCCUGGAGCAACUUUCACCGGGAAAGUAAGAUCGAUCCAACCAUUCGGUGCAUUUAUUGAUUUUGGGUCUUUCACCGAUGGGCUCGUUCAUGUUUCGAAUUUGAGUAAUGAGUUUGUGAAGGAUGUUGGUAGUAUAGUGAGUGUUGGACAAGAGGUGGUAGUCAGAUUAAUAGAAGCUAAUAUGGAAACACGGAGGAUAUCUUUAAGCAUGCGCAACGUGAUGACGUCAGCAAAUGAUGAAGAAGAUUUUGAUGAAAAUCUCAUACAGCAGGGUGUGGUGCAUACCGCCACUAACCCUUUUGUGCUAGCUUUUCGGACCAACAAAGUCAUCUCUGCAUUUUUAGAUGAACUGGAAAAGGAAAAACAGAAUGAACAUGACUUGUUAGUGGCGGAUAUUUCCGACAAGAUUGUAGCACAAGUUAAAGAGAAUGCAGUUGAUGAAAAAUUAGUAAAAGGUGAAGAACAAAGCAGACAUCACAGCUCUAUAUGAAACACAAAGUGGUAAUGACUUAUCGAUCUCGAGAUUCCUUGUCGGUUGAUGCAAAUGAUAAUCAUGAUUCUCGUAUUGGAGUUCUAUUUCUUUUUUAGGUACAAGUGCAGCAUGCAUCGGUUCAAGUUCUUAUAAAGAUGGCAAGGAAUCAAGAAAUCUCCCCAUGGAUGUGUAUAACGAGUAUAAGGGUGAUCUAGUUGGUGGAGCAAGAGAUCAUGUAAUCAUAUGACACGAGUUUAAUUCCCCUUACCAACGGCUAUCUAAUUCGAGUUUAUCACACAUGACUUAUGUCUGGUGUACAUGGUUGUUCAUCGCAAAUUUAAUCGAAGUACACAUAAUAAAAACUAUGUAGAAAUGGUUAGACCAUAAAAAAUGUUGUGCGUCAAACUGUAGGGUUUUCCACUGAUAUCGAUAUGAAUUUGUUUGAUUUUGAAAAAAUAUUUUUCAUUCCAAAUUCUGAAAAUGUGAUUACGAUUUUUGGAUGGGAAUUGGAAUAUGCAUGAGAUUCCGAUUUUCGAUCCGAUUUCAAUUUCCGAAAAUAAUU